UAUUUGGUAACACUGGUUUCCUGAGUUCGGGAAUGUACUCUUUCGGGGUGACAGGCAUUUGACGGAACAGUCGAGUGCUGCCGCGUUUUUAAAAGGACGAAAACCCUCGGGUUGAGUGUUUUUAAUUUAAAAAAUCUGCACUGCAUCAAAAAAUAGGAAUCAUGAAUUUUAAUGAAGCUGAGGGCGAAAGGUACAGGCAGAACGAAGAAAUGAUGACAUGCCCUUUCAACAAGUCGCAUCGUGUACAGCCUGCAAGGUUUGCUCUUCACGUAGUUCGAUGUGAGAAGAAGCACCCACACAUAAAACUCGAAAAAUGUUUAUACAAUAGUACCCACUACUUUAAAAAAUCAAAGAUGGCAGCCCACCUGCUAGUGUGUCCAGAUAAAAAAAAAACUGAUAUAGGCUUAAUUGGAGGGAAAGAUCCACUAGAGCUGGUACUGGAGACUGCAGCCGCAGAAGAUUCUCGUAAGGAACCUUCGCAGAACAGAAGUGAGCCCACAGUUUGGUCGGCCGAAGCCCCCUCUCCCAGAGUCGGAUCGCCCGUCGUCUCGCGUGGAGCCUUUUCCCCAACAGUCUUCUCGUCGGGAGCCUCUACCCCCACUGUAGUCUCGCCUGGAGCCUUUUCGCCCACUGUAGUCUCGCCUGGAGCCUUUAAUCCCACUGUCGGGUCACCUGGAGCCUUUAAUCCCACUGUCGGGUCACCUGGAGCCUUUAAUCCCACUGUCGGGUCACCUGGAGCCUUGUCUCCCAGAGGAGCCUUUAAUCCCAUUGUCGGGUCACCUGGAGCCUUGUCUCCCAGAGGAGCCUUUAAUCCCACUGUUGGGUCACCUGGAGCCUUGUCUCCCAGAGGAGCCUUUUCUCCCACUGUUGGGUCACCUGGAGCCUUGUCUCCCAGAGGAGCCUUUUCACCCGCUGUCGGGUCACCUGAAGCCUUGUCUCCCAGAGGAGCCUUUUCUCCCGCUGUCUGGUCACCUGGAGCCUUGUCUCCCAGAGGAGCCUUUUCUCCCGCUGUCGGGUCACCUGGAGCCUUAUCUCCCAGAGAAGCCUUUUCUCCCACUGUCGGGUCACCUGGAGCCUUAUCUCCCAGAGGAGCUGCUUCUCCCACUAUCUGGUCACCUGGAGCCUUAUCUCCCAGAGUCAGAUCAGCUGGAGUCUUGUCACCCACUAUCAGGUACUCUUAUGCUGAGGGUGAGGAUUUUGAAGACGAAACCAGGAAUCCUGUAAGAGCAGGAGCAAGUGACUCUCUCAUAACGCAUCCUAGCUACAGUCCCAGCACACUUGUCAGAUCACCUGGUGAUAUGAAUGCGCCGAGCACGGAUUUUUCAUUAUUUUCACGCUCUAGUUUUUCUCCUGGAUCAAAACCCCUCAAGAUUUAUCUUCCAAGUAAUAAUCCAUUUUAUACUGCACAAACACAGUCAUUUGGGAGUUCUACACCAGCGGCUGCUGCUUCCGGACAAGAAACAAGCAGCAUUCUCUCAGAUUAUGGUGUACAUGCAUUGAGUACCAGUGGCAUUAAUACAGCAAGCAGUGCAGUUUCGGUGACAAGUGGAGCAAGGCCCAAGGAGGUUUCCAGGAAGGUGGCGCCAGCACAGAGAAAGUAUAUGAUCAAGCAGAAAAGGUUUUUGGAAAAGAAACUUCAUGGCAUAAAGAAACUAGAAAGGAGAGUGGCUACCGGGCAGACUUUGACGGAGGAGGAGAAAAUUAAAGUUGAUAAGAAAGAAGAGUAUGAAGAAGAGCUGAUGGCCUUAUUCGACCAAGGGGUAAACUUAGACGAUUGAUGUUUUUGAUGCAGUGCAGAGAUAAGGUUUAUGCACUAUAGAAGUUAAGGUUCUUUUUUAAUUUUUAGGUUUUAAUGUAUUUUAAAAGGUGCACACGACUUCUUUCUGUAAGGACUAACUUAAGGAUUGACGAACUUAAGGUUUUAAUCCUUACUGUAAGGACUAAUUUAUGGUUUUAAUUCUUGCUGAACACAGUGAGGUUUAUUUUAUAUUGGAACAGCAGCUUUAGGUUUACUAUACAUAGUAAGCCAUAGGUUUAGAUAUUAGAGCAGCAGGUAUAGGUGUAAUGUCAUUUAAUGUAGGAAUUGCAAGAAGAAAUAUUUUGGAAUUGCAUUGAUUCUUAAAAUUCAAAAAGACAAAGUAGCAAGGGGGGUUAUAUCGCUAGAGGUAUAGAAUGUAUCUGGGAAGAAUUGGUGAGCAGAUAAAGCCAUAGUUUGAUAUUGUAGCUGUUCCUCUUGACGAAUGAUAUUCCUACAAUAAUACAAACCUUU